AUGUUCAUUUUUUCCUACAUACGGGCUAGCUUUAAACGCUAUUUGUCGAAGAUGAGUCGUCCGCCGACCAGUUUGUCCCAGCUGUUGCGUCGACGACUAUCUCGUGAACAACUUCGUUGGUUCUGUGACGACCGUCAGCCGACCUGUUUUCAGGUGCAAGAUGCUGACGACUUCCGUCAAAGAGUAUUACAAAGCGGAAAGCCGGUGAUCGUAGAUUUUUAUGCCGAUUGGUGUGCCCCUUGUAGAUUACUCGGGCCGAGAUUGGAAUCAAUUGUUGACACUCGACUCGGCAGCCUGCUGCUGGCAAAGGUGAACGUGGACGAAAAUGCGGAUUUAGCCAUGGACUAUGACGUGCAGUCAUUACCAACAGUGAUAGCGUUUAAAGAUGGCGACAUUAUCGACAAGUUCAUCGGCGUGAUCGAAGACGAAGAUUUGAACAGUUUUAUUACGAAACUGGAGUCUUAA